CUCUAGUCAUCAGGACUUACAUCGUUUGACUUGGAUCGCAACCCAUCGUAUCGUUAGAUGUUUUGGGGGUAAAUCGGACAGUUUCGUUUGGUUUACUGCAUUUGGACAGGAGUAAAAGUUUGAAUAUAAUAACAUUUUGCAAUGGCUCUUGCUGAUGUGAUGCUGCAGUCGAUUACUACGUUUUCCAGCAGUCCGACUAUGGAGGAGAAGCAGUCUGCAAUAUUCCAUGUAAGUGACUGGAAAGUUGAUGGUUGCCAUACCAGCGCAACAGGUGACGAUUUGAAAUCCCAGAUCGAAGUGGAGUUCAGUAUUGUUGAAUCACCUGCGGUGACCAGAGAUGAAGACGACCUGGGGAAAUUCUUGGAUUUAGAGUUCAUUUUAUCCAACACCAUUGGAUCUGAAAGUGGAACCAAUAACAACUUAUCUUCUCAGCAGGCUUACUCCUACUCAAUGCCCGAGUCCCCGGAAAGCUGCAGCACAGGGCAUGACAGUGAGGGCUCUCAAUUUACACCCAACGCAUACGGCAGCAGGAAUUUCAACACAAGUCCUGGACACAGUCUGGUAGCCGAGCUGCUGACCCCCGAGAUGAACUUUCAUAGCGACUUACUGCUAGACUACAGCCUGAAACAGCCUGCCACGGACAGGCCGGAGUAUACUGAACUGCGUGCCUUGAACACAGCCCCUGCCACUGCAGUGCACUUUGAACUGACUAACUCUCAUCCCAUGGGAUAUAAAAUAAAGACUGAAACCACUGAGCAGUCGUGCAUGAUGGCAAGUGACUUCAUGGGACACACAUAUGAACAGAAACACAUGCGUUCCAUGCACACAGCGUUCGCGCACCAUCAACAUGCUGCUCAGGGGUUUGCAUCGCACGACAUGCAACAGAGUGUGUCCCGAGACGGGAUGGGGCGCAAAGACUGUCACUUGGCAGAGAUUAGCUCUCAUCACCAGCAUUCUCACAUGGCACACCCGCAACAGUAUGCCCCAUAUCCACCACAGUACGCCCAUCACCAAGGUGAGCAACAGUACGUGAUGUUUAGAGAGCCCAUGCGGGUGCACCAUCCGUCCAUGCCGGGGGUGAUAUUGACACCACCAUCAUCGCCACUUUUGGAGUUCUACGCACCAGAAGAUAGCAAACCCAAACGGGGCCGCAGGUCUUGGGCGAGAAAACGCACCGCGACGCACAGCUGUGAAUUCCCUGGAUGUGGGAAGACUUACACCAAGAGUUCCCAUCUAAAGGCUCACAUGCGAACACACACAGGCGAGAAGCCAUACCAUUGCAAUUGGGAAGGCUGCGGGUGGAAAUUCGCGAGGUCUGACGAGCUGACGCGUCAUUAUAGAAAGCACACCGGUCACAGGCCUUUCCAGUGCCACUUGUGCGAGAGGGCAUUCUCGCGCUCCGAUCACCUUGCGCUGCACAUGAAGAGGCACAUGUAAACAGAGAAAGUUGGACUUUCAACGUUCUAUUUUUGUAUCAUGGCGCAUGACAUGUAAAUGCUUGUACAUAUUAUCAUUCUAUUCUAAAUUAUGGUAGUACAGUAUUUAAUUAAGGAGAAGAAUAGCCUUUCUUGCUUGCUCUUCUAUUUAUGAGUGUUGGUGACUGCUGAUGGUUGCUAUUUUUGGCUUUUGAAUUAAAACACUGAACAAGGGCAGGACCCAAUAUGUCUUUACAUACUGUACAUGUUAAAGCCCAUCUAUCACUUAUGCCUACUGCAUCAUUUUGAUACUUUCACAUCAGGUCAGGGUUUUUCCUUUUUUGUUGCUUAUUAUAAGAAACACCAUUAUUUUUUUUCUAUGGUUUUCUAUACUUUUUACAAUAAAAUAUGAUGUACAUUUAAAAACGGAUAGUUUUUUUCUAUUUAAUAGUUUGAAAGCUUAUUAUGCUUCUCAAAGUGCUCUUAACUAAAUCAGGCACUAAACAUGGCUUUUCAAUGUUUUAUACAUUUUUUAAAAAUAAUAAUGCUAAAGUUGUAUGGAAAUAUUGUCCGAAAACUGUACUAGAUAUACUUGAAGUUCUGGGCAAAAUAUUUAAAAAAGUAUACUUGUAAGGGCAAUGCAUUUUCAUUCUUGGACAGCAACAAAUUGUGUUUUACUCUGUAAGAGUGAUACCUCUUAAUUCGGAUACUUUAAACUGCAUCAAAGCAAAUAUUGUUUUGUAAAAUCACCAAGACAAAGUGUUAAAAGAGCUCUGUGUUUUAUGAAAAUAAAAUGAUAUGAAAAU